AGACACAAGGUUUUCACCUGCAAGACGCAUCGGUUCGAUGUUCACACGUGCAAAAAUGAAACGCACCAAGAAAAGAACACUGAUCCUGCUGUGAAAGACGGCGUAGGCGCCGUUACGUUCUGGGGCCGCUUCGCUACAUCCGGCACAGUCUUGAACUUAGGCGGGGGUACAAUCAAAUCUCAAGACGUAUUGGAGAGAGAAAUGAGACCUCGGUCCCAGUCGCAGCUCACGUCCCUUGCAACGGGAUCAAGACUCAAAGGUCCCAAUACUGGCGAAAAACAUGCCAUUGGUCUCAUCCGAAUGCGGCCGAUCAAAAUCUUACUCAACAUCCUAACGAACCUUCAAACCUGCGACAACUGGAGAGUGGGACAAAAUGGCCGCUGACGAGUCCAAAGCUGAAAGGUUACAAAAACACUUCAAAGGUUGUGCAAUGAAAUAUGAAAGGUGCCAUCAUUUUUGUCAGUCUUGCUUCAUAUGAGUUUGUUUGUUUGUUUGUUUGAAGGCCAAUUCCAAAGAAAAGUCUGCUUUUCAUUGGUUAGGUUUUUAAAUUAUUAUUACUUGCGUCAAGGGAUUUCUGUGACCGCUGCGGCUUUUCCUUUCCUGCCAAAAUGUCAACGUACACGUAGAUAUCGGCCCUUCCCGCGGUGUCCCUGAACGCCUCACGGCGAGUGGCGCCUAUUUAACAUGCAAGCCUGAGCGGCCGCAGGUUGUUGCGCAAGCGCGACCCAUUGAGGCGGCCUGAAUGCCGACAGAUUUGGAGAACUGGGAGCACUGGGAGCGCCACUGGGAGCCAGCGAGUCUGGAGGAAGCUGCGGUGGAAGCCAGAGUCUGGAGCAGAUCUGCGGAGGCGAGAAGGCCGACAUGGACCGGCCGUCGCCGCCGCGUGAGGACGACAACCGGGUCCCGGACCGCGUGACCCUAAAGAAGGAGAUCGGCUUGCUGAGCGCCUGCACCAUCAUCAUCGGGAACAUCAUCGGCUCGGGCAUCUUCAUCUCGCCCAAAGGCGUCCUGGAGCACUCGGGUUCGGUGGGCGUGGCCCUGCUGGUGUGGACGCUGGGCGGGGGCGUGGCCGCUCUGGGUUCGCUGUGCUACGCCGAGCUGGGCGUGGCCAUCCCCAAGUCUGGCGGCGACUACGCCUACGUCAGCGAGAUCUUCGGAGGCCUGGUGGGGUUCCUGUUACUGUGGAGCGCCGUGCUGAUCAUGUACCCGACCACCCUGGCGGUCAUCGCGCUGACCUUCUCUGGCUACGUGCUGCAGCCCGUCUUCCCCGAGUGCGCCCCCCCGUACGCCGCCACGCGGGUGCUGUCGGCCACUUGCCUCCUGCUGCUGACGUGGGUGAACUGCUGCAGUGUGCGCAUGGCCACCAGGAUCCAGGACGUGUUCACGGUCGGUAAGCUGCUGGCGCUGGGCCUCAUCAUUGCGGUGGGUGUAGUCCAGAUCUUCAACGGGAACUUUGAGGCACUGACUCCUCAGGUGGUCUUCUCCACGGAGCGGACUCCCUCGGUGGGGCGGAUGGCGCUGGCCUUCCUGCACGCCUCCUUCGCCUUCAGCGGCUGGAACUUCCUCAACUACGUGACGGAGGAGGUGGUGGAUCCCAGAAGGAACCUCCCUCGCGCCAUCUACAUCUCCAUCCCGCUGGUGACACUGGUCUACACCCUGACCAACGUGGCCUACUUCUCGUCCAUGUCUUCCGACGAGCUGCUCUCUUCCAACGCCGUCGCUGUUACGUUUGGUGAGAAGCUGCUUGGCACGUUCUCCGCCAUCAUGCCCAUCUCCGUAGCGCUGUCCACUUUCGGUGGCAUCAAUGGCUACCUGUUCACUUCGUCAAGGCUGUGUUUCUCGGGCGCGAGAGAGGGCCACCUGCCCGGCCUGCUGGCCAUGAUCCACGUUAGCAAGUGUACUCCCAUCCCGGCUCUCCUGGUCUGCUGCACAGCCGCCAUGGUGAUCCUGUGCAUCGGGGAGACGCACAACCUGAUCAACUGCGUGUCGUUCAUCAGCUACCUGUCGUACGGUGUCACCGUCGCCGGCCUUCUCUUCUACCGCUGGAAGAAGCCCAACCUCUACCGCCCCAUCAAGGUCCACUUGCUGGUCCCCGUCUGCUACCUGAUGUUCUGGGCGCUGCUGCUGGCUUUCAGUCUUUACUCUGAGCCCCUGGUGUGUGGCGUGGGCCUGCUCAUCAUGCUCACCGGUGUUCCCGUCUACUUUCUGGGCAUCCACUGGAAAGCAAAACCAAAGUGUGUCACGCGCUUCUUUGAGACGGCGACCUCGGUGGGCCAGAGGUUGUGUUUGGUGGUCUUUCCGCAGUUGGAACCCGUCGAGGUGCCCGAGCCUCCCGAGCGGACGGAGCCGCCGGCCAGUUCGCCGCUUAACUCCUAAAAGUCAAAAGCGCGUCCGUGUUGAGAUUUCCUGCGGGCAGCUUCUCCUGGGGCGUGCGCGGGCGUCACUGGGCGACGUUUACGGACUUCAGCCGACUGGACGCCUUUUCUUCCCCACAGACUUUUGUUGUUGUUCUUGUUGUUCAUUGUUAAUGGAUGCGACUUUGUGUAAAACCAAGGGCCAUUUCUUGAAAUAUUGGUAUUUGUAUUGAAAAAAAAUCUGAGUGGGUCCAUCACUAUGUGGAAUUUAUUCCUGAUUGAGAA